AUGGUUAAAGAAGUAAUGGGUUGUACUUCUUUUAAUUAUAUAUUUAACAAAUUCAGAAGUGGGAUUGUGGAUUCGGUACCACAAAGUGGAUUCGUGAGUGAACGUGUCGUUAAGUGUGGUUCGAUCGGUGUCGAACACGUGGAUUGCAACGACUUGCAGGAAGACUUCGAACGUGUCGAUUGUAGUCGAACGUUGAAGCCAGCGUUGUCUCUAACAAAAUCAUCGAAGUCGGUGCUUCGGUAA